CGGGAACGGCGAGCUGUCUUUCCUCAAGGCAGGGACUAAGGUACGGGAGGGUCCCGCUUCAGGAACUGCUGCUUCUUGAUUCCAGGCCGUGAGCCUAAGAGCUCUCGAGAAGGAACCGCAUUGCUCUUCCACUUAGCUUAGGCUCCAUGGCAGCCGCCAUGCUACCCAUUCCGUGAGCAUAGCUUGCUUUGCUGAAUUGCCUUUCUCUCAACUUUGCUUGUCAAAUUAUGGAACCUCCAAACCGCACAUCGCGUUCACGGCCCAACUUGGCGUACCACCGCCGACAUCGCCAUCGUAGUCACCGUCGCCGGUCGUCUUCCCCGAGGAACCGUGCAACGUAUGAGCACUUAACUCAUAGCCGGGGAGCUGCCAACCCUCAUGCUCCUCAACUCCGUGACCGCAGUCGAAACGAUGAGCUCCGUGGUCUAGGGGUGAAUAACCGGCGGGGCGCGACAGAUGAUUCCUACGUACGGUCUUGGUUGGAACAGACACAAGCACCCGCACCGAGGCCCGAUGCAAGAGUGGACGACACGUCCGAAUCAGGUCAAAGAUCGAUGGGUGUUGCUCGCGUUUCGUGGAGACCUCACGGCUUGCCAAUCGAUGACGUCGCCACCAUCAGGAGGUCCAAACAUGAUACUCGUGGGCGAUCAGACAUACGAAAGGAUCGUCUCUCCUCUGAAGAUAGCUCAGUUCUAGCUGAGACGGUAGCUUCUCCGGGCCCACCUCGCCGCAACGAAGCACACAACCUGCAGACGUCCUCCACAACACGAGCCAGCCCACAUUAUGAGAGGGGGAAGAAGCGGCGGAUGGCAUGUUCCGGAUCAUUAUCCGAGCUUGCUGGUGACAUCGAAGGAGAUAACACGCGUUUCGAGAAAAGAGCGCGGUACAAGACUCGUGAAGACAAAUACGAGACAGAUAGGAGACAUGUGGCUCACCAAAAAAAUACCAGGGAUGAUUCCAAAUCCAAGCGAAGGGACCACCAUGGCGGGCACAAGAAGAAGAAGUUGCUUUUAACUUCUUCCAAGGACGUCAUGGAGAAAUUCUCUUCCAUGGCGAUUCUCAGCGAGCGUUUGACUAUGACACCAUCACUGCAGCCUGGUCUGUUCAGCAAUAUUCGAGGCUCUGAAGUUCCGUGUGUACCCGAUCUUGCUUUCGGAGAGAUGAAGUUCCUUCAGCAGCCUAGACACGGUGUUCCCAAGCCGCUUUCUAAAUCUCGGCUCCGAGACAAGCGGAGAGAGGAUAAAGAGAUGGGCGAAAUCUCGGCGUUCUUCUCGAAUAAGAAACAUACGAAUAAGAUUGAGCGAGGCGAGGCGGAUCCUGUCAACCGGCAGAGCCCGGGGAGCGAUAAUUUGAGCAUCGCCGGCAGUAUUGCAGCCCGCUGUAAACGCAUGAGUGAGAAGAGUCUGGCUUGCUCACCCAAGAGCCCCCGAGACAGCCUGCGUAUCACGGGGCAUGGAGGAAGAAAUGGAAAGACUACCGCCAAAGCACUGGGUGACAACAUAGGCAGGCCACGAACAGGAACCAGUGAGGCCACCACGUAUUUCACGUGGGCUAAUAGCCAUCGGUCAACUGUGGAACGGGAUUCAGCUGGCAAACGAAGCCUGACCCCUGAUUCCGUUCGAAAAGCGCUGGUUGAGACUGGCAUCUAUCGUGGAUUAGAAGUCCCGCAUAGACGACCGUCGAGGAACUGGAGAAGAUAUGGAGCUUAUACUCAAGGCGAGUACGAGAACGGUGCUGCAGCGCCAAAAAUCCCAAGUUCCGAAGGACCUUCGACUCAACGGCACGAGAAACAGGAGGCGCGAUACCAUGAUCGAGGUGUGAUGGCUAGGGAGGAUCUGGACACCUGCCACGACUUGUACGCACAUGCCUCUGUCGGAGACGACCUGACUAAAACCGCCACUCCUAUCUUGAAAGCCAUGUCAGGGGAGAGGCCAGAUGAACGAGAGGUUGGCGAGGGAAAAAAGGAGGACGAAUUACAUGUCGACAGGAGGCAGAUCGCCCGGCAAGCAUAUAUAAACCGCAAAGGGCAAAUUUUGGAUUGCCUGGAACCCCCACCACGGCCAAAGCCACCGAAAUCAACUAUUGUUGAACAGCUGGAAUCACAGGCGGAACUGGAGCCAGACUCAAUUCCCCAUCCUCCUUGUUCGGGAGUAAACAUUGAAUACCAAGCGCCGCCCGAAGGCGAGGUUGGAAAUGUCACGUUUCCUCAUCAUGUCUCGAAUGACAGCCCCGGGGGCAUCUCCUUGGAACCCAUACACAGCUGUCCAGACCCUUUGGUCUCUGACAUGUCCACGGUAUUUAGCCAUAGCCUGGGUCACCAGAUGGAGGACAGAUCAACUCCACUUGGAACUCGGCUGUGGCAACUAAAUCAGUAUGCAACUUCGCAACCCCUCGGAGCCUCCUGCCAUCACUAUUCGCAGUCCAGCCAGUUGGGCAACAACCUGGGUGAGGUCUCCGGCUUCGAGUGUGCGAACAUCACGCCAGGGGUGAUUGGGCACGAACGUAUGCAGGACUAUAUCGGCAGAAUUGAACAGGAGGUGCUUGAGGGAGCUGAUAGCCAUGGCCAAGGUGAUCGUGCUCCUUUGGGAACAUGUCCUGAUAAGGAGUGCAUGUCAGGGGACGACCUCAAAGAAGGAAAGGUGGGGUUCUUUAAUGACAUGUCCUUGAACAACCUGGAGACCCCGACCGUGUGGGAGGCUUCUAGGAGACCGCCGAAGUAUGAUACAUAUAGCCAAGGGCACAGUUUCGAAUACAAUCCCCCAGCCAUGGCAUCACUCAGCCAUCGAGGGAAGAGUAGGACCGGAGUUGAGACUGGGGAUCAGGCCGAUGAAGGCUCCAUGUCAAGGUUCUGGAGGCCGAACCAGUAUUAUUAUAUCUGAUUAAUAAUGACCAUCUUGACAAUAUGAUAUGGAGAUCCAAUCUCGUCGUCGGGUCUCUCAGAGGCG